AUGGCGCCGUGGACCCUACACACGCCAACAAACGGAGGACGAAAGAUGAACGAUAGCUCGGACGAAUGGGCUGCCCUGAUGACUACCCUGGCGGAGCUCGAUCGGUCGCUAGAAACUGGACAGGCACCGCCGCCAGAAAGAGACGAGCUCGAUGGACGCUUGACGAGGUCGAUCCGGAAAGCUCUCAAGACCAACGCUCGUGCAGAACUCGGUCCAGACGCGGUUGCCGAAGUGGCAUCGUCAAGCACAGCGGCUUUGCGCAAGCUCGCCGGCCACAUCAAGAUCGAUUCCCGCAUAUACUAUAACCCCAGAGAGCUAGAACGAACGGCCGACUUGAUUCAAAAUCAGAUCGAAUCAACCAGGAUCCUCGAUCGCAACAUCCGUCUGGUUUCGAGCCUGACUGAUCUACUGGAGACUGUCUUCGAAAACCAGACCGGAGAUGAGGACGAGAGCCAGCUGCAAUCCUGCUUCGAGUGUCGCUGCGAAAUGAUUUAUCGAUUGGCGUGUUGGUGUUCGGUGGGUUACUCAAAUGAUGAGUGGGAUCUAGACCCAGAACUUCGCAAAAUAAUUGACACAACCAUCGAUCGUCUGUGGCGAAUGCCAUACUCCGUCAACAAGGUACCCGUUCGAGGCUGGAACAUCGACCUAGAAAUCGCAUACAUCGUCUUGGAUACCCAGAUCAAGCCGCUCUUUACGGCCCAAAAAACCUUCUCGCGCCAUGUUAAUCCUGCCACGGGAAGGAAGAUCGAGCGCAAAGAAGAACAUCUCCUUGGGCCUUCGUCCGAUUCACUGGACGAGCCGGCCUGGAAACUCGAAGGGAUCGGGCUGUGGAACGCCAUGUGCAUCGUGCUAGACCGACUACAUCAUGAUCCGGGCUUGAAGGAGAUCUGGCCGCUCUUGAUCCCCCCGAUCGUCACGUUGGUCGAGAGCACGAUGCCGCAUUACCGACUCAGAGGGAUCCAAUUAUCUAUCUGCUUACUCCGGAACGUCCAGCCGUUGCUCAUCUGCCAAACAGGGAUCAACUCGAUCCUCCAAAACGCGUUUUCGACGACGUUCAGUCUGCUGAACAUCCAGCAGACCUACGCGUUACUGGACGCGGCCUUCGAAGCGACCAGGCUCCUGAUCGACGUGGAAUGGCGCGCGAGUCGGCAGACUGCGAGAGACCAAGCCGCCCGGUAUCUCCACCUCAACCGAUUGAUCGAACAGGCUAUCUUCAACGCCCUCACCUUCGGCAAAGGGCAGGGACAGCCCGGCCAGGUCGAGCUGCACCUGUUCGCGGUCUCUCGGUUUAUCGAGAUCACGCGCGACCUGGGCUAUGGCAUCGGCCGCUACAUCCGAGUGAUCCUUCCGUAUCUGUGCGAGACGCUACUGUCCCUGACUCUGAGCCGAUCGAGCUAUCUAGUCGUGAUCGAAAUCAACAAGUUACUCCAGCUGUUAUUCGCCAUGUGUGCGGAUCUGCUAGUGGAAUGGAGGAGCAGAUUGGUCGCGGUGUAUGCGACUUGUUGGCUUGAAUGGCGGCGUGCUGGGGCAGACGAGGCCGAUGGUCCUGGACAUGUGCUAUCAGAGCCCGAAGUCGAGGCCGUUCGGCAGUCGACCAUCGAAGACACGCUCAAGAGCUUCGUCAAACCAGAUCACGCAUCUGGCGACGAGCGCAGUGGUGGUAGUAACCAGGAAGAGGGACAGAGACAGGAGGAGCUCUUGAAGAUGAUCAAAACCGUCCGAGAAACUGAUCCCUUGUUGGAUGAAUUGUUCGGCCCUCUAUUCGUGUCUUCUUGA